GUCACGCGACCGCCCCUCACGUGACCGCGCCCCAUUGCCGGCAAAAUGGCGGCGCCCUGCCAGACGGUCGUUAUGGUAACAGUGCUGCUUUGGGGGGUCUCGCCAGCCGCUUUCAGGACCCUCCAGACGGACUUUGAAGAGAAAUAUUUCGAACAGUGGUUGGAUCACUUCAAUUUCGAAAGCUACAGCAACAGGACCUUUCCCCAGAGAUAUCUCAUCACAGAUAAAUAUUGGAAAAGAGGAAACGGGCCUAUCUUUUUUUACACCGGAAACGAGGGAGAUGUCUGGGGCUUUGCUCAGAACUGCGGCUUCAUCUUGGAACUCGCCGGGCAGCAGGGCGCUCUGGUGGUAUUUGCGGAGCAUAGGUACUAUGGGAAAUCCCUCCCAUUUGGAGCCGCCUCACUGCAGAGGGAGAACGCAGGCCUGCUGAGCGUGGAACAAGCCUUAGCCGACUACGCUGUCCUCAUUGCAGCACUGAAGGAACAGUACGGGGCGAGGGAUGCGCCGGUCAUUGCUUUUGGAGGCAGUUACGGCGGGAUGCUCAGCGCAUACCUGAGGAUGAAGUACCCCAAUGUUGUCGCCGGCGCACUGGCCGCCAGCGCCCCUGUGCUGUCCGUGGCUGGGAUCGGAGGCUCCAGCCAAUUCUUUCAGGAUGUCACCGCAGAUUUCCAGAACUACAACCCGGCCUGUUCUCAAGGUGUGCGGGACGCAUUCCGGCAGAUCCAAGACCUAUUCUUGGUUGGAGCGUACGAGGAAAUCAGCCACAGAAUGUCUACUUGCGAGAAGCUUUCUUCCAAGGAAGACGUCUACCAGCUCUUUGAGUUUGCCCGGAAUGCCUUCACCAUGAUCGCCAUGAUGGACUACCCCUACAAGACGGAUUUCAUGGGCCACUUCCCGGCCAACCCUGUCAAGGUUGGGUGUGAGCUGAUGCUGGCCAGCAAGGACCCGGUCAGAGGCCUGGCAGCCCUUUGUGGGCUGUUCUAUAACUCCACCGGAACCGUUCCAUGUUUCGACAUUUACAAGGAAUACCGGAAGUGUGCCGACCCAACCGGCUGCGGGACAGGCUCCGAUGCGGAUGCGUGGGAUUAUCAGGCUUGCACCGAGAUCAACUUGACCUUCGACAGCAACAACGUGACCGACAUGUUUCCGGAGAUCCCCUUCACAGAGGCCGACAGGGAUGCCUACUGUUUCCGUAGGUGGGGUGUCCAUCCGAGGCCCUCUUGGCUGAGCACAAGUUUCUGGGGCAGCGAUCUGGCCACUGCAAGCAACAUAAUCUUCUCCAACGGAGACCUGGAUCCCUGGGCAGGAGGCGGAAUCAAAAAGAAUCUGAGCUCCUCGUUGAUCACGAUCACAAUUGCAGGCGGUGCCCAUCACUUGGACCUUCGGGCUUCCAACCCAGCAGAUCCACCCUCCGUCCGCGAGGCUCGCCUCCAGGAAGCAAGCCUCAUCCUCGGCUGGGUGAGAUCAUCCUCUGCCGGAAGAAAAGAGCCUAAAUGAGGCAGCCACUUGUGCCGGGAGUCUACAGUGCUGCAGAAGUGAGAAAAAGCACAAUCCAAGCCCUCCUGACAGACGACCAUCCAGCCUCUGCUGGAAAGCCUUGAGAUUCCACAGCCGAACAGCUCUAAUGGUCAGGAAUCUUCCUAAUAAUGCAAAGGCAGAAUCUCUUUUCCUGACUUUUGAAUCCAUUGCUUCUUUAUGCCCUACUCUCCAGAGUAACGUGUCCUGUUGGAACAGUGACUCAGUCGUGCCAAAAUAAAAGGGGAGAGGACGCCUCAGGA